AUGCAGGGACUUGAGAGGCUUGAGAGCCUAUAUAACAGUCUCCGUUUGUCAUUGUUGCCUCGACUUCACAUUCCUCCAAAGAUAAGCGAGACAACUGCUUGCGACACAAAGCCUCCAGCAGACACACUCUCGGAAGCCCCCACAGACCCUCAAGAGAACAACACCCCAAGAACGCGUCAUAAAGCCACAGAAAAUGGCCUCCCUCCUCCCCAGAACUGCAUCCAGAGCGGCCAGAUCCAUGACCUUGCGACCUGCCACCUCACUCCCCAGAAACAACCCACUUCAUGGGCCCCGUCACACCACCACCAUCCCCCUUCCCAACACCACCCGACCCUUCUCCUCCUCCAACCCCUCCAAACCGACCUAACCCAACCCCCUUACUCCCCGCCGUUCAAAGACCUCUUCUCCCUCCAAAACCACAUCAUCCUCAUCACCGGCGGCGCCCGCGGCCUAGGCCUAACCCAAGCCGCAGCCCUCCUCUCCGCCGGCGCCAAAGUCCACGCCCUCGACCUCCUCCCCCCAACCCCCGAGUUCCUCUCCGUCCAGCAGUCCUUCCCCUCCGGCGCCCUAACCGCCCACCAAGUCGACGUGCGCGACCAAUCCGCCCUGGCGACCAUCGUCGGCGGCAUCGCAGAAAAGGAAGGGAAAAUCAACGGCCUGGUCGCCGCGGCGGGGAUACAACAAGAGACGCCCGCGCUCGAGUACAAAAAGGAAGAUGUCGACAAGAUGAUGGGGGUGAACGUCACGGGCGUGUUCAUGACCGCGCAGGCGGUGGCGAGGGAGAUGAUUGCACGAAAGCAGAGGGGGAGUUUGGUGCUCGUGGGCAGCAUGAGUGGGACGGUGGCGAAUAGGGGGUUGAUUUGCCCGGCGUAUAACGCCUCCAAGGCUGCGGUCUUGCAGCUUGCGAGAAACCUCGCCGCGGAGUGGGGCGAGCACGGCAUCAGAGUUAACUCGCUUUCGCCCGGGUACAUCGUCACGGAUAUGACGGCAGGCUUGUUCGACGCCUUUCCCGAACGGAGGACCGCCUGGCCGGAUGCCAACAUGUUGAAGCGACUGAGCUAUCCGGAAGAGUACAGAGGCGCGGCCAUCUUUUUGCUCAGCGAGGCAAGCAGCUUUAUGACGGGGGCUGACUUGAGAGUGGACGGAGGGCACUGUGCUUGGUAA